AUGGCGACAGACGCGAAGAUCCAGGAUGCCGACCUCCUCGGGGACAAAGCAGAUGUCUCUUACGAGGAGCGUAUGCACUGGGGUGCUUUGAGCGAGGAAGAGUUGGCCAUUGAAAAGAAGUUGCGAUUCAGGAUCGACGCGAUUGUCAUGCCAUUGGUCAUCCUCGUCUAUCUGAUGAACUACAUUGAUAGGAACAAUUAUGCAGCAGCACGACUGCAAGGUUUGGAAAAAGACUUGAAUUUGAAAGGAGACCAGUAUCAAGUUGGACUGAGCAUCCUUUUCGUGGCAUAUGUCCUUAUGCAAGUUCCUUCCAACCUACUUCUAAAUUACUGUGGUCGACCAUCAUGGUAUCUCGGAUUCUUCGUCAUCGCCUGGGGCCUUGUGUCGGCCUGCACCAGUCAAGUGAGCACAUAUGGCCAGAUCGUCGCGUGCCGGUUUCUUCUUGGGCUCGUCGAGGCUCCAUUUUUUGCUGGAGUGCUAUUUUACCUUAGUAAAUGGUACACCAAGUCCGAGCUGUCGUUUCGUAUGGCUGUGUUCUACUCAGGCUCUCUUAUCUCUGGUGCCUUUGGCAAUCUCAUUGCCGCAGGCAUUCUGUCAGGUUUGGCCGGUGAAAGGGGUAUGUCGGCGUGGCAGUGGUUGUAUAUCAUCGAAGGGUCGAUUACUGUCUUGAUUGGAAUCAUCAUCGUCCUCGUCCUGCCCGAUUUUCCGGAUACAUGGCGCGCUCUGAGUCCGGAAAUGAAGAGGGUGGCGAAUCGCCGGCUGGCCAUCGAUGCAGCUGAAGCCGACGUCGACGAGGCAGGAGCCAUGAGCCAGGUCCAUGGCAUGAAGCUCGCCUUCCUCGACCCCAAGACCUACAUCCUCGCAAUCGCGUACCACGGCAUCACUGGCGCUGCAGGGUUUCAAAACUUCUUCCCUACACUCACUGCGACUCUGGGAUAUUCGCACAUUAUCUCUCUCCUGCUUGUUGCACCACCAUAUGUGUUCAUGGUCUUCUACUCCUUCUUCCACAGCUGGAUGUCGGACAAAGUCCAGAAUCGUUUCUGGUUCUUCGUGUACCCGGUCCCGAUCACCAUCGUCGGCUGCGUCAUCUUCAUGACCACGAACAGCUUUGGCCCACGGUAUUUCAGCUUGUUCCUGCUCAAUUUUGUAUUCGCUAUGAAUGGUACCUGCUAUGCCUGGAUCAGUAAUGCCAUUCCACGUCCGCCAGCGAAGCGCGCAGCAUCUUUAGCCUUUGUCAACUCGGUCGGCAAUGCUGCCAGUAUCUGGACUCCUUUCACAUACUACGAUAGCCAAGGCAAGCAUUAUCCCGUGGCAUUGGGCGUCGUCAUUGGAUUGCAGUGUCUCGCCGCAUUGAUGGGCGUCAUCCUGAAAUUCUAUCUGCAGCACCAGAAUAAGCAGCUUGCUCGGCUUGAGGAUGAGAAUGUGCAACUAAGUGAGCACGAGUUGGCCAGGUUGCAGAAGACGGCCGAAUUCGAGGGUAUCGACAUUGCAGCUGCCAGAAAGAUGCAAAAGGGCUACCGAUUCAUGAUCUAG